UUAAAUCUUGGUAAAAAUGAUCCUAUCUUGCUUCCGUAAUAUUCUGCAUUCCUCAAAUCAAAGUUGUUUUUUUAGGUUAUCACACUGCAAUAUAUUGCUCAGAACAACCCUUGCACAAAAACAAAUACACUUGUAAUUUCGUAAGGCGCAAUUUAAAUAUUUUAUCUCUGUAAAAAAUGGCUGAGGGGGACACAAGUCUAACUCAUAGACAGGAGACGACGCCUGCUUCUUCCUUCUUUAACAAAGUCGUUCGUCCUGUCCUGGCCGAGUUCAUAGGAACCACACUGUUCGUGUUUUCUGUGUGUUUAAUUCCUGCAGAUUACAGCAUCGCAUCGAGUCUCCUUCAGGGGUUUGCUUAUGUUUUCCUCAUUGUAGGGCUAGGAAAAUUCAGUGGCGGGCAUUUUAACCCUGCCAUUACUUCUGCUGUGGCUCUGUGUGGGGGUGUGUCCCUCCUUUCUGCAGUAUGUUAUAUCAUCGCUCAGUUGGUUGGAGGCCUGAUUGGGGCAGCUCUGGUUCUUGGUAUAUUAUCAGUACAAGACUACGAAUUACUUCACGGAGGAGCUACACUACUUAGCAAGAGGCCCGGCUGGGGUGUUCUGACGGAGGCCAUCCUGACCUUCAUGCUUAUUCUGACCGUAUUAAUAACAACGAUGGACGAAAAGAAACACAAGCUGGCACCUCUGGCGAUUGGUUUUGCCGUCACGGUGGGAGUUAUGGCAGGAGGAUCUGUGACCGGUGGAUCUAUGAAUCCAGCAAGAAGUUUGGGUCCGGCUGUUUCCACCUUAAAGUAUGAACAUAUUGAAGGGGUUUGGGAGUAUCACUACGUCUACUGGGUAGGACCUUUUGUUGGUGUACUGGUAGCAGUCUUGAUAUAUAGACUCCUAUUUGACACAACAAACAGACAACAUAAAACCCCGUAUUUAUGGACACAGCGCUCUAGAAUUGAACGACCCGACGGUGAUCUGAUGUUAAACUAACAUAAUUCAGAAAGGGGGAAAUUCAACAAGGAAAAGAAAUGAGUGCAAUUAUAGACUUGCAAUUCAAAUGUGCAUUAGCCAAAAAUGCUGCUUUGCUUGAUAAAUUAUGACUAUAUUUGCGUAAUCCAUAGAUUUUUUGGCAUAUAAAAAGAAGUCGUUGGAAUUAGGCUUUUUGCAAAUCUGAAUGUUGAAACUGGUAGGUGUUGGGAAAAUUAAGCUUUGAAUUUCUUUUUACUCUACAAUUUAUUUUUAUCACGAUUUAAGAUUGAAGUAUUUCAAAAAGUUUUAUUUAUAUAAGAAAAAUUAGGGUUUGGAAAUUUAUUCAACUUCUAAGUAUACAAAAUGUAAAGGAACU